GAUGUUGAAUCCACUACUUGCUAAGCUGAGUCGCCUAUAAGCGUAACCUUCGGCUUCGUUCUCGUUGGGCGGAGCAGUAACGUUAGCUGUUGGGAGCCGGGACCGGCAUCAUUCGUCGACUGAUUUGUUUUGUGCUGGAAUCUAAGCGAUCCAAGUAGGCCUACAAGAUGACCGACUCGAAGUACUUCACAACCACGAAGAAAGGGGAAAUUUAUGAGCUCAAGUCCGAGCUCAACAGCGAAAAGAAAGAAAAAAAGAGGGAGGCCGUGAAGAAGGUGAUUGCAUCAAUGACUGUUGGGAAGGAUGUCUCAUCUCUCUUCCCUGAUGUUGUCAACUGCAUGCAAACUGAUAACCUUGAACUGAAGAAGCUUGUCUAUUUAUAUUUGAUGAAUUAUGCAAAGUCUCAACCUGACAUGGCUAUCAUGGCUGUCAAUACCUUUGUAAAGGUGGUGGCCAAUGCAGUAGCAGCUCUGGCUGAGAUCAGUGAGACUAGUACGUCUGACCAGAUGAUUUUCGAUAUGACACUCCAGACUAUCAAUAAGCUUCUGACUGCAUUGAAUGAGUGCACUGAAUGGGGUCAAAUAUUCAUCUUGGAUGCCUUGGCCAAUUACAAUCCCAAAGAUGAUAAAGAGGCCCAGAGCAUUUGUGAAAGAGUGACACCUCGUCUGGCCCAUGCCAAUGCUGCAGUUGUGCUCUCUGCUGUGAAAGUCCUGAUGAAAUUCAUGGAGGCUCUUCCUGAAUCCUCUGACUUUGUCACCAACCUUACAAAGAAGCUUUCCCCUCCUCUGGUUACACUUCUUUCAUCAGAGCCUGAGGUCCAGUAUGUUGCUUUGCGAAACAUCAACCUGAUUGUGCAGAAGCGACCAGACAUACUUAAGCAUGAGAUGAAAGUGUUUUUUGUCAAGUACAAUGAUCCAAUCUAUGUGAAGCUGGAAAAGCUGGACAUCAUGAUUCGUCUUGCAUCACAGGCUAACAUUGCUCAGGUUCUCUCUGAACUCAAGGAGUAUGCCACAGAGGUAGAUGUGGAUUUUGUACGGAAGUCGGUCCGUGCUAUUGGGCGUUGUGCUAUCAAGGUUGAGCAGAGUGCUGAACGAUGUGUGGCCACACUCUUGGACCUGAUUCAAACCAAGGUAAACUAUGUGGUACAGGAAGCUGUGGUUGUGAUCAAGGACAUCUUUCGUAAGUACCCCAACAAGUAUGAGAGCAUCAUCUCCACUCUCUGUGAGAAUUUGGAUACCUUGGAUGAGCCAGAGGCCAGGGCAAGCAUGAUCUGGAUCAUUGGAGAGUAUGCAGAGAGGAUCAACAAUGCAGAUGAAUUGCUUGAAGGCUUUCUCCAAGGCUUUGCUGAUGAGAAUACCCAAGUCCAACUUCAACUCUUGACUGCUGUUGUGAAACUUUUCCUCAAGAAGCCAUCAGAGACACAGGAACUUGUACAGCAGGUGCUAAGCCUGGCAACUCAGGAUUCAGACAACCCGGACUUGCGAGACAGAGGGUUUAUCUACUGGCGUCUGCUGUCGACAGACCCAGCAGCUGCCCGAGAUGUUGUCCUUGCUGAGAAGCCUCUCAUCUCAGAGGAGACAGACCGCAUCGAGCCCACGCUUCUCGAUGAGCUCAUCUGUCAUAUCUCAAGUCUUGCCUCUGUAUAUCACAAGCCUCCAUCUGCCUUCAUUGAGGGACGGGCAGGACUUCGCAAAUCCCUGCCUUCAAAGACUGAAGGAGGAGUUAGUGGAGGUGAGUCAAAUGCCUUGCAGUCAACAGUCAUACCCUCACAAGAUUCACUCAUUGGGGAUCUUCUGAGUCUGGACAUAAACCCCCCACAGUCUGGGAUGAUGCUUGGAGGGGUAUCAUCUUCAUUUGCUCCACCUUCAUCUUCCAGUGGAACCAUGGAUCUUCUGGGCUCUGGUUUAGACAGCUUGUUGGGAGGAGAUCCAGGAAUAGGUAGUGGAGUCUUCGGAACUGCUCCUGUUCCAGCUGCCUCUACAACAGGACUUCUGGGUGACAUUUUUGGCUUCACUGCCCAGCCGACAUCCUAUGCCCCCCCAAAACAAAUCUGGCUACCAGCUAAUAAAGGGAAGGGCUUGGAGGUAUCUGGUACAUUUACUAGACGUGGCGGUAUCAUCUACAUGGAAUUGACAUUUCGUAACCAGGCCCUUCAGCCAAUGAGUGGCUUUGCCAUUCAGUUAAAUAAGAAUAGCUUUGGUUUGAUUGCAAGUCAGGCAUUGCAAAUGGCAAUGCCAUUAAUCCCACAUGGAUCCAGUGAUGCCUCCUUGCCUCUUGCCACCAAUGGACCUGUGCAAAAGAUGGAACCUCUGGCCAACCUUCAGGUUGCAGUGAAGAACAACCUGGAUGUGUUCUACUUUGCUGUGGUGGUUCCCAUGAAUGUUUACUUCACUGAAGAUGGGCAGAUGGACCGGAAGGUGUUUCUUGCAACAUGGAAGGAUAUCCCUGCCACUGCUGAGGUUCAGAGCCGCAUUCCAGCUGCAUCUCUCACUCCAGAUGGGGUAUCACAGAAGCUACAACAGCACAACAUCUUCACUAUAGCCAAGUGGACAGUGGAAGGUCAGGAUCUCCUGUACCAGUCAAUGAAGUUUACCAAUGGGAUUUGGGUUCUUGCUGAGCUCAAGUUCCAGCCUGCUUCAAAUGAAAUCAUUGAACAGAGAAUUGAGAUGGUGUCACCAUCAAGUGAUAAAGAAGUGCAGGCUUCUCCUAUCCAGUCUGUGAUUGAUGGUCUACAGCAGACGUCCAAGGGUAGACUCACUUAUCGUCGCCAUGGCGAACAUCACCUUGACUUGCAACAUUCUCAUUCUGCUUCCUCUCAUGCCUCUCCCCCGACACGAUUGGUACUCUCAGAACAAACAUCACUUGUUGCCUCUCAUUUGAUGCCAAUUGGAGACCAAGUCCUGAGUGAUACUGAGGAUGAAGAUGAUGGUGAUCUUGAGACAGUUAAGGAUGAUUCUGAUGAGGAGACAUCACUCCUCCCACCUGACUCAGCAUUUCACAAGGAGUUCCUGUUAUACGAGGAGGAGCGGCGGAGAAGGAUCAAUGAUGCUAUCUGUCAGAAGAUGCUUGAGACAGAGAAGGAGUUGCGGGCUUUGUAUGAGAGCGUUGAGGCUCAAUUCUUGGUUCAGCAGCAGGAGAUCCUUAAGGCUCAUCAAGAUAACCUUAGGCCACUAGAGCAUGAGCAACUCAUCAGAUGGGAACGAGUACUUAAGAAGCAGGAGGAACUUCGAGCUUCAGAGGCACAGCAGGCACUUGAAGCAGAGUCCCAUCUGCAUCGUGAAGUAGAGCGGUUGGAUCUUGGCAAGAGGCUUGGAGAGGCCUCUGCUGCUCGAGAAAUCCUCAAUGAGAUACUCAAGCAGCAUCUGAGUCUGUUGGCAUCUAAGCAGGUGGAUGAGAGUGCCACUCGCAUGCGUAGGAUCAAAGUUCUCAUGCAGGACCUUGAGAAUGGGAGCAAGGACAAGGACAAGGUAGCUGCCUUCAAGACUGAACUUCAUGGGCUUCAAGAAUGGAUUGGGUUCAUCCAGAAUGAAGUUGCUUUAGCUUUGGCCAGGGCAAAACAGAAGGAAGAAGAUAUGAAAGCAACUAACACUGUGAUUCCUGAAGCCCAGACAGUGUCUACUGCCAUCAAGUCUCCCUCACUAAAAAAGGACUCAUUGGUAGAGGGAGAGAUCCAGUCACACACAGAAGAAAAACAGAUCCAUAAAGAGCAGAAAUCAUCUGAGGAGAAAGAGUUUGGGUUGAAGGGAUAUGUGAGUAAGGAGUCUCUGAAACGAUGGGCCAUGGUUCAGGAGAAGCUGACUUUUGCCAAGCGCAAUUCCCAGGAACUUUCCACUACACCUGCACUCAAGAAAUUUCGUUUUGAACUUCAGGAAACUGUAGUUGUGAAUCAAUGA